AGAGGUACCUGUCAUACAUUUGUAACGCAACGUUAUUUCGUUAUUUCAUUAGAGAUGACGUGUUGAUUACAUUUAUUCAUUUAAUUUUGCAGCUACGUCUUAGCAUUUAAGGAUAUCAAAGACAUGGCUCUCCAAUGGACUUUUGUGGCUUCUUUUAUGUACAUUGAGAUUGCAGUAGUAAUCAUAUUACUCUUACCAUUUGUUUCACCUGGAAGAUGGCAGAAGAUUUUCAGAUCUCGACUUGUGUCUGGUGUUUCGGCUUAUUCCAACAUUUACUUCAAUGUGUUCAUUGCCAUUCUGUUAAUACUAUUUGUGGAUUCCAUCAGAGAAGUUCACAAGUAUACUGCCCCCACAGAUGAAGUGGAUCUUAAACACAACCCCGACGCUGCAAACCUGGCCAUGAUGAGACUGUUCAGGGCCCAGAGAAACUUCUACAUCUCUGGAUUUGCCCUGUUUCUGUGGUUCAUUAUCCGGCGAUUACUGACCCUGAUUAACGAGGAGGCCAAGCUCGCUGCUCAGUGCCAGGCAUACAAGAAGCAGGCUGAGAGCGCCACUGAAGCCGCCAAACGCCUGAUGGAAGAGAAAGAUAACUCUGUCAAUAAGGGGAAAGAAGAUCAUGAAGACCUGGAUCCGGAGGAGAAGAAUAUAGCUGUCAAGUUGGAUCAGACUAAGGAACAGCUAGUCAAGACUAAAGAAGAACUGAAGAAGACAAAAGUUGAUUUGGAGACUCUGAAGUCCCAAGCUACUAGCACGAAUAAUGAGUAUGAUCGCCUGUUGAAGGAGCAUGAAAAGUUACAGAAACAAGUUGACACAGAGAGCUCCAAGAAGGAUAAUUAAAUUAGGUUUCAAUAAAUGGGUCAAGGAGAGUUCAAGGACAAACCCAUGACAAUUAGAGGACGUAUCAAUAAAUUUUGUAUUUUUCCUUCUGCUGCAGUAAAACUGUGAUUUUAUUUUCAUGGUCUUUUUUGCAGCCCUUUGUGUGAUAAAUGGUAUUUUACGGUAUUUACCCAUAAUUACCUAUUAUGUACAUCGUACAUGUACAUAGUGUUCUUAGAAAUGUAUUAUAUGAUAAAAAUGAAUGUUCUAUUUAUGACGGGAAAGUUACACUCUUAUGAAAUGUACGUUAGAAAAGAUAAUAAGUUUGCUCUGUGCCUUUUUUUGUUUUUAUUUAUUUAUUAAUGUCUGUGAGCUUUAUAUUUAUCUACUUGACAUUCUUGAAUAGUUGAUUUUGGAAGGGAAAGGUGUGAUAAUGUGUAUUUUUAGAUAAGUUUUGAUCAUGACUUAAAUUGUUUAAUAUUCAUUUGAUGUUUAAAAAAACAAUUUGAAAUACUAAAGUACAUGUAACUUGCUCCAACUUUUAGUCAAAUGGACUGUUUAUUCAAUCUUGUCCAUGUUAUGAUACAAUGUAUCUAGUAAUUGAUAUAUUUUGUAAACCAAAAAAAAAUUCUCUCAUUAAUAUUAUCUAGAAAAUAAUAUGUACUAGGCAUUUACAAAAAAUAGUGUAUAAUUCCAAAUAUUUGACUGUCCUAAUUUAUAGUUAGUAGUUAAUGUACUUUGAAUUGCAAGAUACGCACUGAUUUUUAAUUACCUGAAAAAAUCGUGGACCUGAUUUGCAUCAAUGAACAGUUUCUUUCAUUUAUGUGUAUUUGUGCAAUAAAAAAUUUCACCCUAAUGAA